GUUUGAUAUCUGUUGUCCUUUGGAAACUAUUUACGUCCACUCUGAAGGUUUCCAUCCCCUCCAAGUAAAGCGGCUACGCCGCCUUAAGGAGAAAGCGUUUAAAGAAAGAGACGGCACCCCAGUAAGAUCUCUCACAGGUCGCAUUAAGGAAGAACUACACCGUCUUAA